UCCGAGCCGAAGUCGGAAGGAAGACGGCUUCCAUCUCCCACUUUGAUUUUCGUCUUUGUCGUACUGCUGUGCCGUCUAACCUGUAAUACCGUCUUUUAUUUACUCUGUAAACAGUUAAAAAGCUUUAUUCUCGAGAAGGGACCCGUUGAAGAAGACUAAACGCCAAGAUGUUUUGGGGGCUCAGGCUUGAUCCUGGUAAAAGGUAUUCCACAACAGUGGACAAAUCUUUCCAUGUCUCGAUGGCAGCUUUAGAUUGUACUACUCUUAAAACAGAUGAUGACGUUUUGAGUGUAAUGCUCGAGGAGGGAGAGUCUACAGUGCCAUUUAUUCUAUGUAACUUACAAAAGCAGAAAGCACUGCAGUGCGCUUUAGACUUGAACUUCCUCACCGGUGAUAGAAUUACAUUUUUUUGUAAAGGAAACGGUGUCGUUCAUCUCUCAGGUUAUAUUGUACCUGAAGAUGAGUUUGGUCCUUUCGAGAGUGAGGAAGGAGAUGAUGAAGAAGAAGAAGAUGAAGAGGAGAGUAUUGAUAAUUCUAUGUCUAGUGAUAAAGGCGAGAAAAAAGGAAAGCUGAAUGGUGUUGCUGAUAAAAGGAAACUGAAGCAAGUUGGACCUGCAAACAAAAAGCAAACAAAAUUAGAAGAUUACAGUGGCGAUGAUUCUGAAGAAUCUGACGGCGAUGAUUUAAACCUUGAAGAUGAAGAUGACGAUGAUGAAGAGGAAGAAGAAGAGUCUGACGAUAACAAAGAAAUGUCAUUAGAUUGGGAUGACAGUGAUGAUAGUGAUGAAGAUAGUAAUAAAGAUGAUGUCGAGGGUAGUGAUGAAGAAAGAGAGCAAGUCCCUCAUGUCACUUCUCAGCAAAAGAAAGAUAAGAAAAAGAAAAAGAAGAAACAGCCACAACAACCACAGAGCCAACAGUCGACACCUAAGCCACAGCAGCAGCAGCAGCAACAACAACAGAAGAAACAAAAAACACCUAAUGGAGUGCUGCCAAAUGCGCAGCAAGGGAAAAAGGACAAGAAAGGAGAAACGCUGACUAGCAGCGCUAACAAACUUAACAAAAGUAAAACGGAGGAUUCGUCACCCCAAAAGAAAACUGUAGAGGGUGGCGUUCAAAUCAAAGAUAUCAAAGUAGGAAACGGUCCUGUUUGUGCUCGAGGAAAACAGGCUACGGUUUAUUAUACUGGCCGGUUUAAGAAUAACAACAAAAUUUUCGACUCAACCACACAAGGCUCUGGAUUCAAAUUUAGGGUUGGCAAAGGAGAUGUAAUCAAGGGUUGGGAUGUUGGUGUAGUUGGAAUGAAAGUCGGUGGUAAAAGGCUUAUCACUUGCCCACCUCAUAUGGCAUAUGGCCAAAAAGGAUCACCUCCUACGAUUCCUGGAAAUAGUACAUUAAUGUUUGAAGUUGAAUUAAAAUCUGUAAACUAGGGCAUAAGUGACUACAAUUUAUUAUUUUUUUUGUAAUAAAUUCUCAUUUUAUUAUAUA